AUGGCCGCGACCAACGGCAGCAAAACUGGCACUGACAGUGCCUUGCCUCCGCCGACACCUCAACAGCAGAGGCAAAAGCUUUUCGGUGAAUUGCUGGGUGGUACCGUUGGUGGUAUCCUGCAAGUGCUCGUGGGCCACCCGCUGGAUACGGUCAAAGUGCGCAUGCAAAGCGAGCAAGGCACCCGCCUCUACGGUACUUCCUGGAAUUGCUUUCGGCAGACGCUUCAACAAGAGGGCAUCACGGGUUUGUACAAGGGUGUCCUGCCCCCCAUGCUCAUGGCGGGGGUCUUGAACGGUGUCAUGUUCUCGGUCAACGGUACCAUGAAGCGCCUUGUGGUCCUGGCAGCCAUCAUGACGGCGCCCGUCUACGGCCUCGUUCUGACACCAGUCGAAUAUGUCAAGAGCACGUUGCAGUAUCAGUCGGCUGGCGUGAGCCGGUUGUACUCUGGCCCUUGGGAUGUCAUGCGUCAGACUGUCGCCCAACGCGGCCCGCUCGGGUUGUUCAAGGGUUACCCCAUUGUUGUCGGCACCCGUGUUGUGGGCGCCCCCUUUUACUUUACUUCGUACGAGCUCAUCAAGCGUCAGUUCAACCACUGGAACGACGGCCGCCCGCUGGCCUCGUGGCAAACAAUCAUGGCUGGCGGUUUUGCCGGGGCGUGCUUCUGGGGCGGUAACUUUCCCGUCGACACGGUCCGCACCCGUAUUCAGACCAGCCGCACCCCCUUGACCGUGCCUCAGGCCAUUCGCCACAUUUACCAAGACGGAGGUGUGCGGGCCUUUUACCGAGGGUUUGAUGCGGCGCUGGUGCGCAGCUUUCCGGCCAACGCCGUGGUGUUCCUCGGGCUCGAAUGGACGCUGCGAGUUUUGGGCCAGGACGGGUUUUAG